AGCUGGGUUGCCGUGGAGACCGAGCGACCUGUGUGGAUGCAGCGAAGCACAGAGGCCCGACCUUUGCUGUCAGUCUGCGGAGGGGGCUCACAGAACAGACGUCAAGAUGAUGCUUUCAAGAGCCAAACCUGCUGUAGGCGGGGGCCCACCGCACAUUGACAAAAGAAAGAAGAAAGGUAGGAAGAUACCAAAACUAGAGGAGCUACUUUCACAAAGAGAUUUCACUGGAGCUAUUACCCUAUUGGAGUUCAAACGUCAUGUUGGGGAACAAGAAGAGGAUACUAAUUUAUGGAUUGGAUACUGUGCUUUUCACCUAGGUGACUACAAGAGAGCUUUGGAGGAAUAUGAAACGGUGACAAAAGAGGAAAAUUGCAAUCCUGAAGUCUGGGUGAACCUAGCCUGUACCUACUUUUUUCUUGGAAUGUAUAAAGAAGCUGAAGCAGCUGGAUGUAAAGCUCCAAAAAGCCGACUUCAAAACCGCCUCCUCUUCCAUUUGGCUCACAAGUUUAAUGAUGAAAAGAAAUUGAUGAACUUUCAUCAAAAUCUUCAGGAUAUCACAGAAGAUCAACUCAGUUUGGCCUCAAUCCACUAUAUGCGAUCCCACUAUCAAGAAGCUAUUGAUAUUUAUAAGCGAAUACUGCUAGAUAACAGGGAAUACCUUGCCCUCAAUGUAUAUGUGGCCCUAUGUUACUACAAGUUGGAUUACUAUGAUGUGUCUCAAGAAGUUCUGGCUGCUUACCUUCAGCAAAUUCCUGAUAGUACCAUCGCACUCAAUCUUAAGGCUUGUAACCAUUUUCGUCUUUACAAUGGCAAAGCAGCUGAGGUAGCAGAACUCAAAAGCUUGAUGGACAAUGCUUCCUCUUCCUUUGAAUUUGCUAAAGAACUCAUCAGGCACAAUCUGGUUGUUUUCCGAGGAGGUGAAGGGGCUUUGCAGGUUUUGCCUCCCCUGGUUGAUGUCAUUCCUGAAGCUCGGCUAAACUUAGUGAUUUACUACCUUCGUCAAGAUGAUGUACAAGAAGCUUAUAACUUAAUUAAGGAUCUGGAACCUACUACUCCUCAGGAGUAUAUCCUCAAAGGAGUGGUCAAUGCAGCCCUUGGUCAGGAAAUGGGUUCGAGGGAUCAUAUGAAAAUUGCCCAGCAGUUCUUCCAGUUGGUGGGAGGAUCAGCUAGUGAAUGCGAUACAAUACCAGGGAGGCAGUGCAUGGCUUCCUGCUUCUUCCUGCUUAAGCAAUUUGAUGAUGUCUUGAUUUACCUCAACUCAUUUAAGAGUUACUUCUAUAAUGAUGACAUCUUUAAGUUUAAUUAUGCCCAAGCCAAAGCUGCAACAGGCAAUACCAAAGAGGGUGAAGAGGUUUUCCUUUUAAUCCAAAAUGAGAAGAUAAAAAGUGAUUACAUUUACAUCAGUUGGUUAGCUCGGUGCUAUAUCAUGAAUAAGAAACCAAGACUAGCCUGGGAACUUUACCUCAAGAUGGAAACCUCUGGCGAGUCCUUUAGCCUCUUACAGCUCAUUGCUAAUGACUGCUAUAAGAUGGGCCAAUUUUACUAUUCAGCCAAAGCAUUUGAUGUCUUAGAGAGGCUGGAUCCCAACCCUGCAUAUUGGGAAGGCAAGAGGGGUGCCUGUGUGGGCAUUUUCCAGAUGAUCUUAGCUGGAAGAAAACCCAAAGAAACCCUUCGAGAAGUGCUGCAUUUAUUGAGAAGCACAGGUAACACCCAAGUAGAGUAUAUCAUCCGGAUCAUGAAGAAAUGGGCCAAAGAAAACAGAGUGCCGGUCUAAAACACAGCUCCGGGGUCCUAGGAAACCAGUCAUCACUUGACUUAAGUUGGACAUCAUUUUCCUCCAGUUUAACGUAAGAUGCAGGGCUCUGUUUUACUGGUAUUUCCAUUCUUGCUUUUCAAGUCUCAAGAGCAGUGACUAGCUUGCUUACCUAGCCUCCUGGCUGAACCAAGUGCCGCAGUCAGCACUGUGGCCCAUGUGAUCCAACUAGCAAUAAAACUGGACUUGUCUGGUGCCUUUCUUCCCAAAAUACUCAAGAGUACUCUUCUGGAAUAUACUGGCUUUAAGGAAAGUAGCAUUACUUUUCUCUGUAUUAGCAUUCCAUGGCAUUUUCUCCUAACUGCAAUAACAAAUGCCUUUAGUGCUCAAGCACCAUCAUUCUAUCAUUUUAAUUUUAGCCAUUUCUGUAUAUUAUGCUGGAGAAUUCCAGAAAGAGUUUUUUGUAAUGCCUCUAUGAAUCUUGGGAGAGCAGAGGUUAUAAAUAGCUAGCUAUAUGAUUCUAAAAAUGGCAGUAAGAUCCUUUAUGGAACUGUCCAGUCAUUAAGAGUUAAUAGGCUUAUGGGAUUACUCUUUCAGUAAUUGAAUUCUUGAUAACAACAUGUUACAGUGGAGUAACUUGCAUGUUGCAGUUUUAAUAGGUGAGUACUAUGAAAAAAUCUAUGUGGUACACUUAGUGGUAUUUAGGAAAUAAAGUUCAAAUUUCAUUAGUCACCUCCCCAUUAUAUUUUAGGUAAAAUAACAAAACAAGUUAGGUUUUUUCUUCAUGUAUCUUGCUAAAUAAUCAUGAAUUUUGAAAGCAGGCUGCAAAGAUUAUAUAUACACAUUGUGGCUAUUUAUUAACAUAAUGAUAAUAGAACAUGGAUGUGUAAAGCCUUUGAGGGCCCUCCUAAUGAUGGCUGGACUCUCUGUCCUAAGUCAUAUUCCAGCCCCAUGUUUCUGAGCUCUCACAACAUAAGCCUAUUAUACAACUGAACAUUUUUAAGCUCAUGACCCAUUUUCAGAAAACAGACCUACAUGCUUUUAUAUACCAGAUUACCUUUGUUCCUACACCACAUAAUUUUUUUAUAUUAGUUUAAGGUACCCAGUAUAGCAGGUGUACAAAGUGCAGAGCCAUCCUUAUCCAGCAUGAAAACUGAAAGUCAUAAUUUCCUGAAGCACCAGAGACAGAGGAAUUCCUAUAAGCACUGCAUCAGGUGUCCCCCACUCACCAUAGCCCCAGCAUCGCACUGUGGGUGAAGCAGCGGCAUAGGCUGGAGAUGGAAGCGUGGCAGGAGGCAGAGCAGCUAAGGAGAGCAGAUAGAUGCCCACAGAUUGCCUUUGCCUUCUGGACAGUUGCAAGGGGUUCCUUCCGCUCCCUUCAGGAGGAUGGCCAGUUUUCCUUUUAUCUUAGACCCAAUUCUGUCAGUUCAGAGCACAUAUCAGAAUAGACUGGCCUGAAUAACUGAAUUAAAGAAAAGAAAGGUACAGCAUUUUUCAUAUAUGAAAACAGAGCUUCCGUUUCCUCAUUAUGUUGGUCCUACUUUUUAAAUAAUUAUCAGCAACAAAGGUCCUGGGUGGGUCAGAUCUGGCAAAACCUGCUACAAUUUUUAGAAUCCUUCUGGUGAUUCAUACUUACCUCACUUAAAAUAUUAGGAAACAUAAUAGGGGGUAAAGACAGAUGGAAUUUGUCUUUUGGCAAUGAAAUUCAUCUUCCAAUUAAUUGCUAUUAUUUUCAAAGUUCCUAUACUUGAAAAUCAGCUUUUCUAUUGACGGCAGUUUACAUUUAAAUGCGCUUUUGUUGAGUUUAACACUAACUUCUCUCUGCCAUUUUCCUGCUUUUGGGGAAAAAAUACUCCAAAAAUAACAAUUCCUAGAAUUUUAGACUAAUUUUUAAAUAAGUUUUUAAUCUGUAGAAUUGAGCCAGAAAAACCAUAAACACUAGUUUAAGAGAGCUACCAUCCAACUAUAUAUUACUGAGGAUAGCUACUUCUGAAAUGUCUUGGUAGUCUCAAGAUUGCAAAGUAGGGUAGCAUGGCUGUUUUUCUACAUGUGAUGACAUAGAGAAGAAGGUCCACACUUAGAAAUGUAGUGUAAUGUGUAUAGUUCAGAGCAUCCAUGUACUAUUUAUAGUCUGUAGCAAAUAUUACUUGAAAAGGAAAAAAUUUUUAAUUAUUUUUGUACUUCAAAAUAAUUAUUAUAUUCUCUGUAAUAUAUUCAAAUUAAAGUUUGUCAUUGGGUUCUUA